CAAAGCAAACACCAGCCAGCCCUCCCUCUCCCUACAAAUCUCUCGCCUCCCUCCCUCCCUCUCCCCACAGAUUCUUCUCUCUAGCGCACGCGCUCCUAGCUCCCACCGCCUGCACGCGCACACUUCCAUCCCGUUCCAGCUGCAGCCGUGUCGGGUAGUAUCAUGGCCGAGGAGACCAAGCAGGAGGCCGCUGCGGCGGCGGCGGUGGCGGAGGUGGCCGUGACGGAGCCGGAGCCGGAGACCAAGGCGGAGGACAAGGCCGUCGAGGUGGAGAAGGUGGACGAGGCGGCGGCCGCGGCCAAGGAGGAGGAGGAGGAGGAGAAGAAGAUGGAGGAGGCGGUGGCGGAGGCCGGCGCCGACGAGGCGGCGGUGAUCGAGGGCAGCACCGCCUCCUUCAAGGAGGAGAGCAACCUCGUCGCCGACCUCGCCGACCCCGAGCAGAAGGCGCUCGCCCAGCUCAAGGAGCUUGUCGCCGCCGCGCUCGCCAGCGGGGAGUUCGACCUGCCCCCGCCCCCGCCCCCGCCCGCUCCGGCGGCCGAGGAGCCUGCCAAGACCGACGAGCCAGCCAAGAGCGAUGUGGCGGCCGAGAGCAGCGAGCCCAAGGCCGAGGCCCCCGCACCGGAGGAGCCCAAGGCGGAGGCGCCGACCCAGGAGGAGCCCAAGGCCGAGGAGCCUGCCAAGGAGGAGUCCAAGGCGGAGGCGCCGGACCAGGAGGAGCCCAAGGCCGAGGCACCGGCGGCGGUGGCUGUCGUGGAGGAGCCCAAGGCGGAGGCACCGGCGGCGGUGGCUGCCGCGGAGGAGCCCAAGGCGGAGGUGACGGCCGAGGAGGCCAAGCCGGAGGAGAAAACCGUCGUGGUGGCCGAGGAGGAAGGCACCAAAACCGUGGAGGCCAUCGAGGAGACCGCCGUCCCCGCCGCGUCGGAGCCGGAGGCAGCGCCCGCUGCCGAGCCGAAGGAGGAGCUGAUCUGGGGCGUGCCGCUGGUGGGCGGCGACGAGCGCUCGGACACGGUGCUCCUCAAGUUCCUCCGCGCGCGCGAGUUCAAGGUCAAGGAGGCCAUGGCGAUGCUCAAGGCGGCCGUGCUGUGGCGCAAGAGCUUCGGCAUCGACGCGCUCCUCGGCGCCGACCUCGGAGUGCCGGAGCUGGAGAACGUGGUGUUCUACCGCGGCGCCGACCGCGAGGGCCACCCCGUCUGCUACAACGUCUACAGCGAGUUCCAGGACAAGGACCUCUAUGAGAAGGCCUUCGGCGACGACGAGAAGCGGGAGCGCUUCCUCAAGUGGCGCAUCCAGCUCCUCGAGCGCGGCAUCCGGGAGCAGCUCGACUUCUCGCCCAGCGGCAUCUGCUCCAUGGUGCAGGUCACCGACCUCAAGAACUCGCCACCCAUGCUCGGCAAGCACCGCGCCGUCACUCGCCAGGCGCUCGCGCUGCUCCAGGACAACUACCCUGAGUUCAUCGCCAAGAAGGUGUUCAUCAAUGUGCCAUGGUGGUAUCUCGCGGCAAACAAGAUGAUGAGCCCGUUCCUCACACAGCGCACCAAGAGCAAAUUCACGUUUUGCAGCCCAGCCAAGACCGCCGAGACCCUAUUCAGAUACAUCGCGCCGGAGCAGGUCCCUGUCCAAUUUGGCGGCCUCUACAAAGAGGAUGAUACUGAAUUCUCCACUUCUGAUGGCGUGACCGAGCUCACUGUCAAACCUUCUUCCAAAGAAACUGUUGAGAUUCCUGCUACUGAGAACUCCACGGUCGUGUGGGAGCUCCGUGUGCUUGGAUGGGAGGUGAGCUACGGCGUGGAGUUCACCCCGGACGCAGAGGGCGGCUACACUGUCAUCGUGCAGAAGACGAGGAAGGUGCCCGCCAACGAGGAGCCAAUCAUGAAGGGUAGCUUCAAAGCGGGCGAGCCUGGCAAGGUCGUGCUCAUCGUCAACAACCCGACAUCGAAGAAGAAGAAGCUGCUGUGCCGAUUCAAGGUGAAGAGCUCCACCGAAGCCUCCGCCUGAGGCUCCAGCUGAUACAAUCGCCAACCAGGUCCAUACCACCACCAUUUGAACAUGUCGCAUGAUAGGAGAUGGCCGUUUUGUGUCGGGUUCUUUAAUUUGUUGGCUUGCUGUUUUUUGGGGGUCGGAUUUGUAUGUGUUUACUUGAAACCAAAGUGGGCUUGUUCUAUGAAUGAGAUACCCCUAGCUGGGAUCAGGAGGUGGGGAAAUGUUGAGAUAGUGAUGGUUUGUUGACAUCUUGGAGGGGCCGAAGAAGUGUUGCUGAUCUGUAAAAAAAAACCUGUCUUGUACAUGGUAUCCAUGGAUUCUCUUUCGUCGGCAUGUUGAUUUUGUUUAGAAAUUAUUCAUGUUUGGUUGGUCA